AUGGCCAAGAAAGACAAACGGAACAAAAAAGCAAAACCAAAGAAGCAAUCCGAAAAGAAGAAGGGCGGAGGAUUCUCUUGCUGUUGCAAGAAGAAGAAGGGUAACACCUUUCCUUGUAUUUACAAUUUCAUUCGUUCUUUAUUUCCUUGAUAUUCCAGUUCAAAAGCCAUCCCAAAAAGCGUCAAGGAGUAAAUCCAAGUCCAACCCUAAGAAGGCCUCCGCUACCACCACACCAGCCCGUCCGGCUCCUCCAGCCAACAACAAGAACAUCAACACAUCUCUCCGUGCAACUCCCCCUCCCAAAAGAAAUGAGCGGAUAGAAGAGAAAAAAGUUCAGGAAAAGAAGAUCGAGGACAAAAAGAUUGAAGAGAAGAAGAUCGAAGAAGUGACCUCCGUCAAAACCGAUUCAUCGACCUCCACAAACGACAAGACAAAGAGUACGAAGACGUCAACCGAUGCCGGAAAUGAGUCCGAUGAUGACAAGAAAAGGUCCUCAAAUAAGAAAAAGGGAUUCAUCGAGACUCCAGCUAAAAGCCCUGACGAUGAUGCUGUCGAGGAAGGAAAGAAGUCUCAUAAAAAGAAGAAAAAAGACAAGAAAGGAGAGGUCGAAAUAAAAAGUGAUAAGGAAAAAGAAGAAAAGGAAGAUGGGAAUGAAGAAAAGGAAGUAGAAGAAGAUGAGGGAAAGAAUGAGAUCGUGGUUAAGAAACCCAUCAAGACUGAAGAAUACAAGACUGUAAGUUUAAAAGUUAAAACAAUGUCAUCACUAUCAACUUUUAGAACAAGAAAGUUUUUGAGGAUCGAGUUGAUCUCGGACAAGCUCUGA